AUGAAGAUUCAAACAGAGGCUAGUAAUGUAUUACAACGAGCAUCUGCUAAUUUAAGAGCAGGUUUAUUAAGAGAAAAACCAGUUUGGUUUGAUGUUGUUUCUAAAUAUCCACCAAAUCAUAAUUUUAUUAAAGUUGCCCAUAUGAAUGAAUCAAAUACUAAAGAUUUAAGAAAAAAAGCAGUGAGUAUUCAAAAGAAUUCUUCAUCAUCAUCAUCACAACAAGUUUAUAAAACUCGUCAAUCUACUCUAGAAUCAACAUCUAGAAAUAAUCAAGUUCAUCGUGUUCCAAAAUUAAGAUUUGUUGAAGAUUCAUUACGUAAAAUUUUUUAUAAACAACAUCCAUGGGAAUUAGCUCGUCCUAAAAAUUUAAUUGAAAAUUCAGGUGAAGAAAAUAAUAAAUGUGAUUGGAGUCAUAUGUUACAAUUAUAUAAACCAUUGGAUGGUGAAUCAGUAGUUCAACGUACAUUAUGGUUAAUGAAAAAUGAAUCAAAUUUAACCCCAUUUGAAGCUUAUGAUAAAGCAAGAUUUGAAUUUUAUAAAUUAAGAAUGAGUGAAGAAAUGGAAAGUCAUGUUGCUAAAGAAGAAAGUUCAAUGUAUGGUGGAGUAAUUGGUAGUACUAAUGUUAAUUGGAAUUUAUCUAAAGAACAAGAAUAUAUUGAUAUUUGGACUCAAAUUGCUGAAGAAAGAACUCAAGUUAUGGAAGCUAAUAUGAAUAGAUCUUCUGCUCCUGUUGGUUCAAUGGUUGAAGAAGAAAAAUCAAAAACUUCCUUAUUUGAAGAUUUAUUACUUUCCAAUAACGCUUCACAAUCAAAACCAAAACCAGAAGCCAAAGAUUAA